CCAUUUUCACAAUAUAUACAUUGUUUUAAUACAAAACAAAAAUAAUAUCUAAAUGAAGUUAUAGAUAGCUGAUUUUUGUGCAUAUAGAUAAGUUAAUUUUCUAUUCAAAUGACCACUGAAAAUUUGGUGACUAUAGAUUUUGAAUCUGAGCCUGUGAAUAGUGAAAAUGCACAAUUAACUCCGAUAAAAAAUCAUCUAAAAAGUAGUCAAAGAAAUAUAUUAGACGAUUCUGAUGAUGUUAUAUUUAGUGAUAGCCAGGAAGAAGAAAGGAAUGAAUCACAACCAUUAUUAGGCGGUGAACAUCAUGAUACACAAAUAAUUUAUAACCAAUUUCCAAAUGAUCCUCUGUUUAGCGAUCUCGUUUAUCAAGCGGAAUUAGCCAUUGAUGCUGGUAUCUAUCCUGAAAGGAUAUAUCAAGGAAGCAGUGGUUCUUAUUUUGUAAAGAAUCCUGCUAAUAAAGUUGUUGCUGUGUUUAAACCCAAAGAUGAAGAGCCUUACGGCAGAUUGAAUCCUAAAUGGACUAAAUUGUUUCAUAAACUGUGCUGUCCAUGCUGUUUUGGGCGAGCUUGUUUGAUUCCUAAUCAAGGAUAUCUUAGUGAAUCCGGUGCCAGUUUAGUUGAUUCGAAAUUAAACUUGGAUAUUGUGCCGAAAACAAGAGUCGUUAGAUUGGUAUCAGAAACAUUUAACUAUCCAAGGAUUGAUAGGCAGAAAGCAAGGAUUAAGAGGACAAUUAAAGAACGAAUGCCAGCAGCGAGAUUUAAACGAAUGACGCUUCCACCAAAGACAGGAUCUUUUCAACUUUUUGUUGAUGGAUUUAAAGAUGCUGAUCAUUGGUUAAGGCGAUUUGAACAAGAACCUUUGCCGUCUAAAAUUGCUCAUAGUUUUCAGGUUCAAUUUGAAAGGCUUGUCGUAUUAGACUAUAUUAUUAGGAAUACAGAUCGAGGAAAUGAUAAUUGGCUUAUCAAAUACGAUGCACCUUCCCUACAGACGUCAAAAAGUAUAUCUCUAAAUGGCAGUGCAAAUUCUAUCAAUAAUAACUUUAUAUCAUUAGCAACGCCAACGCUUGUUAAUGCAUUGAAUCACAAUAAUAGUUCGGGAUCGAUCCCGAAAAAUAAUGAUGAUUGGAAUGUUGUAGAUUUGCCUGAAAUAAGGAUAGCAGCGAUUGAUAAUGGAUUAGCAUUCCCAUUCAAGCACCCUGACUCUUGGCGGGCUUAUCCUUUUCACUGGGCAUGGCUUCCACAAGCAAAAAUACCUUUUAGUCAAGAGAUUAAAGAUUUAGUGUUACCACUGCUUUCGGAUCUAAAUUUUGUUGAAGAUUUGUGCAAUGAUCUGUUGGAGUUAUUUCGACAAGAUAAAGGCUUUGAUCGGGGAUUAUUUGAAAAGCAAAUGUCAGUGAUGAGAGGACAAAUUUUAAAUUUAACACAAGCUUUGAAAGAUGGAAAAAGUCCUGUUCAACUUGUACAAAUGCCAGCUGUCAUAGUAGAGAGAUCCAAGAUUAAUCAAGGCUCAUCACGCUUCGACUCAUUUAAACAACAAUUUAUGAACAAAAGUCCAAUAUUCUCAUGGUGUUAGUAUUUCCGUUUCGGCAAGAAAUAUCAACGGUAAAAUUCAUUUUGCCUUACAUAAAAUCUUACUUUCGAUACUAUUAUGAAACAGUAAGGACUAAACGAUUGGGAAAGUGAUAAAAUAUGAACAUUUAGAUAGCUGCUUUAAAUGAGUUGUAUGUAAUGUAUGAAGAGAUUAAGACAAAAAGUUUAAUUCAAGGAGAAGAAAGAGAAUACUACAUAAUAUAUCUAUUGAAAUUAAUAUAUUAAUCCAAAAACAUACUUUUCGGUACAUUCCAAUUGGCUUUUGCUUAUAAUGGUUGAA